AUGAAGACCCAACAUGAUGCUCUCUCACAAGAGGUCGGCAAACAUGGUGCUAGGAUCAAUACUCGCUGGCGCUCAUUCAGCAGCAAAGAACGGGCUCAAUGCUUAUCGACAAUCAAUGGCACCAAGAGCUCCCCAAACCGAAAAGAGACUUCUUGUGAAGACGUCUUCUUCGACAUACCAGGCGUCAGCCUCCGGCUGCAAGACGUCACUUCAGACCCGGAAGUGCUUCUGAGAUGGGUCGAGUGUCACAUAGCAGGGACUGCUGGGGGACAAGUCAGCGAAGUUCGCAAGAAGACGAUCCUCGACAACCCCGAUGAAGUCCAUGGCACUGACGAAGAACUUCUUGAUGGCAGCCGCAGCGUCACUCUGCCAGAAUCCGAACUUGCCCCAGGAGAAAACAUCCACUCACCAUACGCCGCCCAAUUCAUCUCCCUCCAAGAUCAACUGCACGUGCUCAAAUUUCUGAAUGAAAUACUCACCCAAGUGCUCAAGUUCUGCCCCCGAACCAGAAAGAGAGAGGAGCGACAAGCCAAAGAAGAACUUCCAUCCGAAAUCUCCCGACUACAGGUCAGAGACGCAUCAGCACCACACAAGCUAGAAUAUAAGGAAAUGCUCAGCGCUCCAGUCCCGCCGAAAACAGUCAACUUGGUCACCGCUGAGGCAUUCUGGACCAUCAUGGGAAAAGACAGAGCGAGGACAAGAGUAAGCUGGAACGCCUUUGAGAGAGCAAUGGGAUAUCUAGGGUUUUCAGUAGCACGGUGCUCCGGUUCAGCAGUGACUUUCACUCCGGAAGCUGGAGCGAUGGAGAAAAGAUCAAUUACACUGCACCGUCCUCACAACGGACAGAUCGAGGGAUAUCGCAGCCUGAUACUAUCAAGACGACUGGGGAAGGUCUACGGAUGGGAUGAGUCAACGUUUGUGGUUGCUUGA